AUGCCUCCCAGGGAGGACGGGGCAACACCAAAGUCCUUCACCUGGAUAACGGGCAACCCACGGAGCAGGAAGAACAUCACACAGAUCCGGCGACAUGCGGGGCAAAAUUCCGGGGUGAAAGCUGAGAAUUGCGCUAGAGCUCAGUCGAGCUCGUCUCCCAAACCUGGCCAAAGAAGUUCUGCAAAGCCUUCUAGAGCUAUUCAUCCUUUACCAAGGACUUAUGAUGCGGACGGACAUCCUCCGAGUGCUCACGCAGAACAGGCGAUAAGUCCUCAUGUGCACUACCCUCCUGCUGCGGCAGAAUUUGCACCGGCUCCGUCAUUGGUUAUCCAUGAGCAGGUUGUCAUUCCUCAGCCUGGCCACCCUGAUUCGCCUUCGGCGGCCGCCUCAGCAUCGAUCAGCGAAGACGUAGCCCCAACACGAAAACUUGCCAUCUGGGAUUUGGUCAACCACUCGGUUGAGGAAGAAGAACAACAUACAUUACAGGUGCUUGCCUCGACCCCUGGACGGGACACCGAGGACAACAGGCAGGGCUACUUCAGCGGUCGCACAGCUCGAGCAGAACUCAAGCAAGCCUUGAGCGAAGCCCGAUCCGACUCGCCGCCACAUACGCGCAAAUCUACGCCGCCACCACCGACGACCUUCACCCUGCAAGCCAACGUCUCGAAAAGGCGAAAAGCCACGAGUAGCGCGACCUCCGACUCGCACGUCUCAUGGCGGCUCGGUAUGCCACCUUCACCCCGGCUCAUGUCAUUGACGAAGGAGGACUCACAAAUCGAGCAGACCCUUCUACGAACAAGCGCCUUCUUCUGGGGCCAAUUCGAGUCAUCAUGGUCCGCCCAACUGCGCGAAAGAGGCAACACCUACUUUGACAAGAUCUCCGGAAUGGAAAGCUUCGCUGGAUCCAUCACUACAGCCGGCGGGCUCCUGGCACUGGGGCAGGUGGACUCGGCCUCUUCGAUCCUUGACAGCGCUUUGCCCAAGCUCCCGGAGUUGCUGACAUCGCAGCACCCGCAAGUCUGCUGGCUGUUUGCGGACCUUAGCCUCAGCGCCAGCUCUGACACCGCGCUAGGCCGUCUACGCAGCCAGGUGAAACGAGUAGCCGCGUCGGCAUCUCACACAACCCUGGGGCCCUCGCACCCGAUCACGAAGCUUCUACACCUGACUUUUCCGGCCACGGCUGAGGCUGACGCCCAACGCCUGUACCUCCGCGAAUUGAUCCAGCGCAGAAUCCAUGAGCUGCACGAAUCUCUCUUCGAGCCUAACUCGUACCAAACCACCGGGCAAUAUUACUACCUUGCCCGCGUGCUCGGGCAGGUCGGGCAAUUGGAGAAGGCGCGCGACAUCCUGGCCGAGGUUGUCGCCAUGUGGGAAGCCAUGUACGGCGUCAACCAUAUCAUGCCCAUCACGGGCCUCCUCGAGCUGACGAGAGCGCACCUGUCGUUGAACGACGCCUCGACCGACACCGAGGCCCUCCUCUCCGAAGCCCUCCGCCGCACACUGACACUCGAGAAAGCAACCGCAACCGCAAGCCAGGACCCGACAUCUCGGACAGCAGGUCUAACCCACUCACGCAUCGGCUGUCUGCGCACCCUCGGCCGCUUACACGUCAUGCGUGGAAACCUGGCAACCGCCCUGAUGCAAUAUACUGCGGCCAUGAGCGUUGGGGUCGAAGAGCUAGGCGUCCAUGUCCCGGCCGUGCAGUUGGCUUUGGCGGACCUCGACGCCGUCAGCCAGAUGGUCCGUGCGCAUAGAGACGGCGAUGAGAGUGUCCGACUGGAGUGGUUGAAGAGGGUCCCCGUCGAGGUGGGCAUCAGGUGGGUGAACAAAAAUGAAGGCUCGGGGGCAAUGGACCAAGCUUCUGUUGGUGCUGAGAAGUUGAAUGUGAGUAACCCUUAG